AUGCGUGACCAUACACGGGAGGUGAUGACGAAUGGGAAAGAUAUCUCACUUGAUUCUGGCGAAUUCCUGCUGCGAACGCCCUCAGACAAUCGAACGCGGGAAGGUACUGCCGGUACAGGCCGGAGCAAACGUCGUGGAGGUACCCAUUCAGGUCGGGGGAAGAAGCACAGCUCGGAUGCGAAGUAUAGGUCAAGUAGGUCAAAUACUGCACCGAAGGGUGAUGCGGGUCAUCAUUACGGUGAUCAGCCGCCACCUCAAGACAAGCAUCAUCGAUACUAUCAGUAUCAUCCAAAGGCUCAUUAUCGUAUUGUCUUUGAGGAGGUCUGCGAUGUUCUCCAUCAGGAGACAUCGUUGAUUCCAAUAUUCAGCUAUCUCUCCCAGACGGCACUAGUAUUACAAUUUCUUCAUGAGGCUGGCUGGGUGCACCGCGAUCUCAGCACCGGUAACAUACUCAUCCUAAACGGUAAGGUGAAACUGGCCGACUUCGAGUAUGCGAAGCGGUUAGAUGAUCAGGCUGAUGCUCAUGAGAUUCGAACUGGUACUGCUGACUUCAUAUCCGUUGAAGUGGACCGACAACAAUACUUCUUCGCUUUCACUAGUUAUAUUGACUCAGAUGAGUUGGCUACAAGCAUGGAAGCAGAAGAUGAUGAAUCACAGACCUCACAGCAAAAGCUUUCUCGGUCAGACGUUAUAUUUCGUUACAAUCCCAUGCACGACUUCGAAUCGCUGUGGUGGAUAUCUGUUCACGUUUUAUUCAACAAGCAAGUAGUCAUGGUCAACGAGAAGAGCCCUCCAUCCCACGACUAUCGGAGACAGCGAACGUGGGCUGCAGGCGUUUUCUAUGGAUUGAGUGCUCGACAAUCCGCACUGAGUGCUGGUAACACCGACUUCCAAGAUGCCAUCGAAACCUUAUGCCCGGACCUGCGUAGGUUUGGCAAAAUGGUCCAUGCGCUCAAGGAUGCUCUUUUGAAGCGUUACAUAGACAUCGAAAAGGAUAUAUCGAAACUACCUCGUCGUACAGCAGCAGGGGAAGUGCCACGGCGAUUUAUCAGAGGCUUUGGUGUGCUCGGAUGCUCGAAGUCUAACGAAAAGCAUCAGGAGAUCCUGAUUGGCCCCAUUUCGCAACAACACUUUGAAGUGUCUACCAAAGCUGCAGCGUCACCUGAGGUUCCGGAAGGGCAACCAGAAAUAACGAAGGGUAGACCGGCGAGAGCUUCCACACCAAUAUCGACACCAUUGGUUUCCCAACCCCUAGGGGAAGACCAUCUGGAGCGUCGUAUCAGAAUUCAAACUCGCUCGAUGACUGCCAAGGCAAGGGCUCAAGAGUCCGUUCCGAAGACUCGGUAG